AUGGCAUUGCAUGAGAGAGAUACUGCUCCUAGAGAUGAUUCGAGUCAAGCUUCAUCCAAAGAUGCGGAUUCGAUAAAAUCGUACUCGGAAACAGAUUCAUUACUUUCACCAGUAACCGCUGCGUCUACUCCAAACUACAAGUCAACCGCAACUUUUCCAGACGUAGAAUCUGCACAAAACGACCAAGACCAAGACGAAACCACGGGGAAAGUCACGAGGAGCGCUGCUAUCAUAAUAAGUCUUUUGCUGAUAGGUGUUUUUAUAUCAUAUGCAGAUGGCACGCUUGUUCUUGCAACAUAUGGUACCAUUGCUUCCGAAUUUCGGGCAUUGGGUGAUGCCAGUUGGUUAACUACUAGCUAUUCUUUAGCAAUGUGUGCUGUCCAACCUCUUACUGGCAAGAUCAGUGAUAUAUACGGAAGAAAACCAGUUCUCCUGAUAUCAUAUGGGUUCUUCGUGAUUGGAUGUGUUUUGACGGGUCUUUCACAAACAAUGUGGCAGGCUGUGAUGGGUAGAGUAGUAGCUGGUAUUGGAGGUGCGGGUAUGAGUGUUAUGGUCUCUGUUUUGAUUGUGGAUCUUGUACCCCUCAUUCAUGUUGCCGCGUGGAGAAGUUAUGUCAAUGUUGUUGGGACGGUUGGAAGGAGUAUCGGUGGACCCCUAGGCGGGCUGCUAGCAGACACAAUAGGAUGGCGUUGGUCGUUCAUCGGACAAGGACCUCUGAUGCUUUCCGCCAUUGCUUUAGUAGCAUAUAAACUUCCAACACGAUCAUCAUCUGAUGAGCCCAUCCAAGCCAAAGAUGGACCUUCAAAACUCCGACGAAUUGAUUUUGUUGGAGCAUUCUUGCUAACUGGAACCAUCGCUGCUUUUCUCGGCUCCCUUAGUCUUGGAGGACAAGCACUACCUUGGUCGCAUCCUACAGUCCUUGGGUUGUUGUUGGGAUCUGUUGUGCUUGGCGCUACAUUUGUGACGUAUGAGGUCAAAGUCGCUGCGGAGCCUAUAUUCCCGCCAGCACUUGCUGCCCAACGUGAUGUAGCAGCAUCUUAUGCUAUUAAUGCGUUGCAGCUCGGUGCACAAGUUGGCAUGAUGUACUCUGUUCCACUCUAUUUUCGUGUGACACAAGGCAGCUCUAAUACUACUGCUGGGCUUCAUCUCUUUCCGGCUGUGUUUGGUAAUACGACGGGAGGUCUCCUCGCAGGCUGGCUAAUUACUCGCACUGGUCAUUACAAAUACCUCCUGAUCUUUUCUACUAUCUCAUCUAUUUUCUCCUACACUAUGCUUCUCACAACAUGGCAUAGCAAUCACCUUUCUCUCGCAGCAUCUCUCUCUAUAUUUCCAGGUGGUUUUGGUCUCGGAAUAACAGCUGCUUGCGCAUUUAUUGCCCUCACCGCUUCUGUUCAAAAGAGGGAGAUGGGCAUGGCAACCGCAGGUAUGUAUUUGAUGUCUAGUAUCGGUAUGGUUGUUGGAGUAGCCUUGUGUGCUGGAGUUCAAAACAGUGCUUUGGGAGAAGCGCUCGCAGGGUUAGAAUUAGAUGGGAAUGUAGUGAGACAAGUGAUGGAAGAUGUAGGAAGCGUGAAAGACCUGCCGGGAGAUAUCAAGAUCCAGGUAAUAGAUGCCUAUGUGAAAAGUUUGGGAGCGAGUCACGCAGUGAGUGUAGGACUAUCAGGCUUGGCGUUCUUGUUAAGUUUGGCGGUUAGAGAGAAGAAGAUCAGAUAG